AUGUCGAGCACUCAACGUCCAAGACGUUUCAUCAAGCGUCCAGAUGACAAGGCAAUGAACCAAGACAUCAACGCUUUGAGGGAUGAGAUCAAGAAAUUGGAUUUGACCAACAACGAGAUCAAUGCUCAAAUUGACAAGACCGUUCUUGACCCCCAAACCGCUGAAAAAAGAAAGACAUUGCAGAAUGAAAUGAAGGAAGUGAUUUCAAAGCAAGGCAACUUGAAGCUGGAGAGGAAUGCCAUCCAAGAACAAAUCAGAAAUGUUGACACCAACUUGAAAAGAAUGUUUGCAGACAUCCUGAAGUUGACUUCGAAGAACAACUACAAGUCUGUUUCUGAGAUUGACUCCAGAGUCAAAUACUUGGAUGACUUAGUGGGUGCUGGUAACUUGAAAUUGGCCGACGAAAGGAGACACGUCAAAGAAAUGACAUCCUUGAGAAAGUUGCGCAAGGACUUCGCUGAAGUCGAGAAGCAACAGGAAGCCAUUGACAAGGAAAAGGCCAAGAUCGCUGAUUUGAAGAAAAAGUUGGCUGCAGUAGGCAACAAGGAGGUUCAACAGCAAUUCGAGAGAAUUCAGAAAGAGUUGGAUACUAUUAACGAGUCUAACAAGUCUAUCUACAACAAGAGAACUGAAUUGAUCAACAAAAGAAAUGAAAUCAGAAAGACUAAGGACGCUAAGUACGAUCAAAUUAGAAAGUUAAGAGCCGAGUUUGACGAAGAGUUCGCUAAGUUCAAGAAGGCAUUAGCUGAAGAGCAAAAGAAGAGAGAUGAAGAGUAUAAGUCUCAACAAGCAGAGCAGAAACAAGCAAAGCUUAAGGAAAUUGCUGAUCAGAAAUUGGCUGAAGCGUCUAUUCCUGCUUUUACUCAUGAAAUCAAUGAGAUCCACACUUUGUUGGCAUACUUCGACCCGACAUAUGUAAAGCCUCAGGUGAAUGCCGUUGCUGAAGCCACGAAGUCCACUGCUUUCCAGAAGCCUACUACUACUCGUCAAGUAGAAAUGCCAGAGGAUGUUGUUAUCUUAAAGAAGGAGCAGCAGUCAUUCUUUGAGGGUUCGAAACAGAAGAGGAAUAAGAAGAAGUCAGCAAAGGCUAAAAAUUUUACUGUUGAUUCUGAUGUGAUUAUUUCAUUGACCGACUUGUCUAUUCCAUUGCCAACAAAAGCUGAUGACGUCCCAAAUACCAUCGAUAUUUUGAAGGAGACUUUGUCAGCAUUACAAGAUAAGCAAGAAGAGCAAACUAAGGUUAAUGUUGAAAAGGCAAAAGCUGAAAUUGCAAAGCUCGAGGCUCAGGACGCUGAAAACGAAGAGGUUGAAGAGUCUGAGGUAGUAGAGGAGGACGCUUGA